AUGAGAGCACAGAAACCAGAUGCGAUGCCCAACGCCGAGGUGGACGAGAGAGCACCACUGCUUACCCAGGAGAGAGCCGGAUUGCCAGAAUCUGAAGCGAAUACGCUUGAUGAGAACGAAGUGUCAAAUGGAGCAUUCUGGCUGGUCUUGUCCAUUCUGUUGGCGGGAAUAUUUCUUUCCAAUGUCGUCUCUUCAGUUGUAAUAGCAACCACCCAGAAUAUCGCAUCUGAGUUUGAUGCCUUGUCGUCUGCGGCGUGGCUGUUGACAACUUACACGCUGGCUCAAUCUGCAAGCCAGCCAUUGUACGGAAAACUUUGUGACAUAUACGGACGUAGGAACUGUCUUGUUUUCUGCUGGAUCGUUUUCGGUCUGGGUUGCCUUCUUGUUGCUUUAGGUCACAGCUAUUGGCACGUCAUACUAGGACGUGCUAUCAGUGGUGUCGGAAGUGCAGGCAAGAUUGUACUGACAUCUAUUAUUGUCGCUGAUCUCGUUCCCCUGAGACAAGUAGCGCAUUACCGAGCCUAUGUGAACUUGACUGCUACGAGUGCAAGAUCGAUCGGGGGUCCAAUCGGCGGAUUGCUCGCUGGUACUGUUGGCUGGCGCUGGUGCUUCCUGGUACAACUCCCUGUAGCUUUGAUUGGUCUUGCUCUUGUACUUUGGAAGUUACCAGAGCCGAAACGAGCAGAGGGAAAGCUCAUCACCAUAGACGGAAAUGGGCCGCAGCGAACAAAACUUUCGAGGGUUGACUUUGCUGGCACUUUCACCUUGAUUGGAACCCUGCUCACAGGUCUUCUUGCACUUGAUAUUUUCACGAAGGGAGGACCUCGAUUGCUGGUAACGAGUUUAGCAAUUGCAUUCCCGAUCUUUGCAAUGGCAUUCACAGUUGUUGAGAAGUAUUAUGCCAAAGAACCAAUUUUACCGCUACAGUUAAUCGGCAAAAGGGAUGUUCUGACCUCCUAUACGAUCAUCGGAUUUCAAUCAGCCGGCCAAUUUGGACUCCUCUACGCAAUCCCUAUCUACUUCCAGGUCGUAGGAGGUGAAUCAGUCUCAACUUCUGGCCUCCGCAUUGCCCCUGUCGUUAUUGGCAAUGCGCUGGGAACAGUCUUGAGUGGAAAGCUGAUCACUCGCUUCAAAAGGUACAAAACUCUCACUGCGGUGGGGAAUACGAUUGGUUUUCUUGGCUUCCUUCUUUUAUUUGUCACAUGGCGCGGCAGCACCAGCUGGUACACUUCCCUGUUGGUGGCCUUGCCUGGCGCAGGAAUGGGAAUUCUCCAGUCAACCACGUUCUUGCACCUCGCCGCAAGUUUGGAUCCGUCGGAUAUCGCAAUAGCAGGAUCGGCUUGGUUUUUAGCACAGAACGUCGGCAUCUUGUUGGGGGCCAGCAUGUCCACCACUGUGAUCAACAGCGUCGUUCAGAAUUACCUGCAAGUGUCUUUGGAAGGCCUCGAUGCAAAGGAAGAAAUCAUUCGGAAAGUUACUUCUAAUGUUGACAAUAUACGGCAUUUUUCUCAACCGAUUCAGAAAGUUGUGAAGGAGGCAUACGUUCACGGGCUGUGUAGCUCAAAU